CACUUAUCAGCCCCUCUCUCCUCUAGGCAUCAAAUAACUCACCUCCCCCCAUACUACAUAUAUCAUCCCCUCGAACCAACCCCAUCUACACCAAUAACUAACAACUAACAACUAACCACUAAUCUUAAUCCCAAAAUGACCCCCCACAUCCUCAUCAUCUCCGGCACCCACGUCACCGGCAAAGACACCAUCGCCGCCUCCCUCUCCCAAACCUUCAACUGCCCGUUCCUCGAAGGCGAAUACUGCUACAACGCUGCGUGGUCCAUAGCCCGCGCCCGCGAAAAACACGGCUAUGAUCGGUCUUCUGUAUUCGGGCAAACCUGGCUGAGGAAGAUGAGUCGGAUUGGAUUACCGCUUCCCUCACCCCCAGUAUCAUCUACAUCUCCACGGUCACUCUCAUCUUCGUCUUCUGCUACAAGCACAAACUGCAAAAUAACCGCCGUGAUAUCCUGCGCGGCGAUGCGAAAACCCAGCCGGGAUGCGAUCCGGGCCGUGAUGCGCGCCCAAUCCGUGGGAGUCAUCUUCGUGGUAUUGCAGAUUGAGCCGGAGACGUUGUUGGGGAGGACGGUCGGGGCGGAGAACCGUGAACUGGAGAUGCGGAUCUUGGAGGAGAAGACGGAGGAUAUUCGGGUGCCGGGGGUGGAGGAGGCGACGAGGGAUACGAUUGUGGUGGAUGCGUUGAUGGAUGUGGAUUCGGUGUGUUGGGUGAUUCAGGGGAGGGUGUGGGAGUUGUUUGUUCAUAGUACUUAGUAAUGUUUAAUCAAAUAUAUGAAUGGAUGGAUGGAUGGAUUGAUAUGAAC